AGUUCGCCAAAUCUUCUCGACGCGACAUCUGCAUCGCCGAUAAAUCGGUUUCAUUUUUUAUCCAACAUACGUUUCAAGAAAAUGCUACGUUCUGUUUUGGUAAUCCUUGCUCUUUUGCAUGCUUGCGUCGCUCAGUAUGGAUACGGCCCAAUGAUGGGAGGAUAUGGACCAGGCAUGAUGGGCGGAUACGGGCCAGGCAUGAUGGGAGGUUAUGGGCCCGGAAUGAUGGGAGGUUAUGGGCCCGGAAUGAUGGGCGGUUAUGGUAUGUCCCCAAUGUACGGUGGAUAUGGAAUGUACCGCCCGGGGCUUCUUGGAAUGCUUCUUGGAUAGGGAAGAUCUCAGGAAAAUCGAUGGCGGGUCAAAUGCGAUACUGAGAAGUAAUUAAUAAUAAUUUUAUUUUGAUGAGUUUUAUCGGUUUUCAAUAAAAAUUAUUCGGUACCCAA